AGGCACCGAAGGUGGAGGUGUAUUCCCGCAAGCGUGUCGCAGACGGGGAGGAAAACGUCCUCAACUGCUUCGUGAGUGGUUUCCACCCUCCAAAGAUCGAGAUCUCCCUUCUCAAGAACGGGGAGCCCAUGAGUGAUGUGAAGUACACGGACAUGUCCUUCAACGACAAGUGGUAUUUCCAACGCCUGGUGUAUGCGCCGUUCACCCCCAGGAAGGGCGACGUCUACGUUUGCAGGGUGGCCCAUUCUACCUUCAGAGAGCCGCAGUCGUUCCGAUGGGAUGCAGACUUCUAA